AUGACGUUUUUCCACGAGCUAGUCCACCAUGACCUGCAGGCCCUCAGGAUGUGGGGGGGACAGAGGUCAGGGUCCUGCGAGAGCCCUUCUGAUGUUGUUGCUUGUCUAUUGGGUGGUCCACUAGGAUGCCCACUGGGCCCAGCCUCACUGUCCUCGUCUUUGUGUGCGCAGGGAGGGAACAACGCCGGGCACACGGUGGUGGUGGACUCUGUGGAGUACGACUUCCACCUGCUUCCCAGCGGCAUCAUCAACCCCAACGUGACCGGCUUCAUCGGCAAUGGAGUGGUGAUUCACUUGCCUGGUCUCUUCGAAGAGGCAGAAAAAAAUGCCCGAAAGGGAAAAGGUCUGGAAGGCUGGGAGAAGAGACUUAUCAUCUCUGACAGAGCUCAUAUCGUGUUUGAUUUCCACCAGGCAGUUGAUGGUGUCCAGGAGCAGCAGAGACAGCUGCAAGCAGGGAAGAACUUGGGAACAACGAAAAAGGGCAUUGGGCCUGUGUACUCCGCCAAAGCUGCUCGCAGUGGCCUGAGGAUAUGCGACCUGUUGUCUGACUUUGGGGACUUCUCUGAAAGGUUUAAAGUCUUAGCCCAGCAGUACAAAUCAAUGUACCCGACCCUGGAAAUUGAUAUAGAUGGAGAGCUAGCAAAAUUGAAGAUAUACAUGGAGAAGAUCAAGCCGAUGGUGCAAGAUGGGGUGUAUUUCAUGUACCAGGCUCUGCACGGGCCGUCCAAGAAGAUCCUGGUGGAAGGGGCUAACGCAGCUCUCCUAGAUAUAGACUUCGGCACUUACCCCUUUGUGACGUCCUCCAACUGCACGGUGGGGGGCGUGUGCACGGGCCUGGGGAUGCCCCCCCAGAACGUGGGCCAUGUCUACGGGGUGGUGAAGGCCUACACCACCAGAGUAGGGAUUGGGGCCUUCCCUACGGAGCAGAACAAUGAAGUGGGCGAGCUGCUUCAGAAACGGGGGAAGGAGGUCGGGGUCACCACAGGGCGCAAGAGGAGGUGUGGCUGGCUGGACCUGGUGCUGCUGAAAUACGCCCACAUGAUCAACGGCUUCACUGCUUUAGCUCUAACCAAAUUGGACAUCUUGGAUGUGUUUCCGGAGAUUAAAGUUGGUGUUGCCUACAAAGUAGACAACGAACUAAUACCUCAUUUUCCAGCGAACCAGGAAGUCUUGCAGAAAGUGGAGGUGCAGUACGAGACUUUUCCCGGCUGGAACACCGAUAUUUCUGGGGCCCGGACCUUCGAGGAGCUGCCGGAAAAUGCGCAAAAAUAUGUGCGCUUCGUUGAAAAACACCUUAGUGUGCCUGUGAAGUGGAUCGGAGUGGGGCAGUCACGGGAGUCGAUGGUCCAGCUGUUCUGAAGACUGGGACGGAGACGCACUCCCCGGACCUGGCUCGCAGUCGGUGACGGCGGCGCACGACCAGCGGACCCCGCCGGGUCAGAGGCACGCAGGCCUGGCAGCAUGUCGCCAUUCGCCAGUGUUGGGACUUCUUAGUUUUCAGCAGCAGCAUCAUAGAUCACCAACUACGUUCUACAGGCACUCGAUCCAAGUGUGCCUGCAGCAGCGUACCUGUUUUCACACAUAGACGCGUCUUUUCAACAUCACCUGAUGGGUAACCGAGCGGGAUUGGGCUGGAGGGUUUCUCUGGGGUGCCUGAAAUAAGACUCCGGUUGCACUGCAGUUUGGGCCUGAUCAAGUGUGCUGAGCUAGCUCCUCUUUACCUUAAGUGAAGUGCAUUGAUAGACACGGAGCAAAGCUAUAUAUGUAGCUGCUUUUCUGCACCUUCAGUAAAAUUCACGUCAGGCCCUUGAGCUGCUGUAUCAAACUGCUGUGCAGUGUUUCUUAUUUCCACCCCUCUGUAGCAGACACCAGGUGACUCUAAAUGGAGUUCCGUUCCAGGGUGGGACUGCCAGUGAUCACACCAGUACAGACGCUCUCCGCUUGCCGGAAUCAAUUCGGUGCUCCGAGCUGAGCUUGCUGAAGUGGCGGCUCGCAGGAGCAGGGCCCCCCGGCAGCCUCUCAGUAAUGGUGUCUGUUUCUCAUCGGGCGGCGCGCCUUUGUGUCGCCGCCGUCCGUCCCCUCUCUCGGCAGACAGACGAGAGCUUCAGCAGCGCUCACGAUGGGUGCGGUGUUUGGUGCCCGCACUUCCCGUUUUCCCAAACGGAGAGCCCUCCCCAGAAAUCGCUGUGCACCCAGGUGGGCUAUUUUAAAAACGGGAAACUUACUAUUUCUGAUAAACUAAGAGGUUGCAGGGGUUUUAAAAUCUGAAGGAUUCACUAAGGGACCUUCAGGUGCUGUUAAUUUUUUUAAAUGUAGUUUGCGGAGUAUGUUUUCUGUAUGUUGUGCCUCUUGUUCUUCAUCUAGUUCAUCAAGGGCUGCAUCACCUGCUUUUUCCAAGAAAUCGGGAAUACUAUAGCAUUCUGAUUUUUCUCCCUUCACCCCUUCCAUGUUUCUUGUUUGACAUCAUUAAGCCAUAUAGUUGUACAACAUUUUUCAUAUGGUUUCCUGGAAUGAGAUAUCAAACCCCCUUUGGCAAAGGUGUUGAUGCCUCACUUGUUCUGGAGGCUUGUGAUGAUGUUGACCAAGUUUGGUAUUGGCAGUAGUAGAGAAAAGCAGCCAUGUUCAAAAUGUCAGGCUCUAAGGCUAUAAGAGAGGAGGUUUGUCGGGAUUGGCAUAACAAAAGAUGUCCAUUUAUGGUGAUGUUUUUUUAAAUAUAUUUCUAAUGCUCUUAUUUUUAGAAGUGCACUGCUUCUAAGAAUAAAAUAUUUAUAUGUGGUAUAUCAUUGGAGUCUUGGAAUUAGCAGCCUUAAAUGCAAAAUAAAAUCCUUGGGUUAUAUUCAUUGUCAUAAAUAAAGCGCAUUAAGGGAUGUUUUGGGAAGUUAUGCAGUUGUUUCUGUGAGUUUUGUAUGGGAUGUGGUUUUCUAGCUCUUUGGACACUUUGCCCCCAUUGCUCCCAAACAAACCAAGUGUGCACUACCAGCAGACUUCUUUUCCUGUCAGGAAAUAAUCGGUUUAUCAUGAGAAGCUAAAGGUGCUGUAGGAAAGGCUCUUUUCAGUUCACAGCAUCAUCUUUUUGUCUGAUCGACAAAAACAGCAUCCACAGAAAUAAACAAAUCACACCAAAACGGCUUAGAAUCCUGCUCGGGAAUGAUGAGGUUUCCCUGUCUAAGGUUAGAAUCAUGUGUUGAUUACAGUCCAUCAUCGCGUUAAACUCUGAAUCUUUUUACACAGCCAUGCCAUGCACACUGCAAUUAACAGUUACAACAGCAUUCAUCCAGUGGAACCUGACAGACUGUAGACCUUGUUGCUGUUAAAACUUUUUUUCUGUCAGAUGUUCAGUAGCAACGGAAAAUCAUUCUUAAAAAAAAAAUAGCUGAUCGUAUUCAUCUUAAAAGCUUGUGGAAUAAAGCCCAGCUCGUUGUCAACUAGUUUUGACUUUCCUGUUACAUUGUGUUUAUAGUGUUCAGGCUCAGUUAUUGUUGCCAGUUUUUCCGGGGGAUGUUAUGUACUCAGGACACGACGGCUAUUCCUGCCUCAUUGUGGUCCUGAGAAGACCUGUAUGUACUGUAGUAGCUCUAGAAGUUUGUCUCGUUAAAGGUCCGUGUAGAGGUUUUGAAUGGAUCGCCCCAAGGUCCAGCAUGUUUGGAUGUGUGCUAUACAGGUCCAUUUCCAUAGUUUCCCUCAGGUGUCACGGAGGAGCUGAAUAAACAGAACUGUUAUUCAAGUACUAAGUCUAUUAAAAAUAUGCGUGGAAUGUCUGAUGUGCUUUUACAGGCUGAUGGACUACAGAAUUUCAUUAAUCUUUUUCGUGAUGUCUUAAACAUAUUGUACGUGGGGCAAAUAUGCAUUAUUCUUAAAGGGCAUGACUUAUAUACUCUAAACAAUGGGUCUUCAACCCUGGUCCUGAGGAGCCCCAGCAGGUUCUUCUAGGUUCCAGCUUUUAAAUCCAUUUCCAGGAGGCCUGGGAUUUUCACAACAUUAAUUGAGCAGGUGGUAUGUUCGGUUAAGUAGAGAUCUCAAGGACCAGUGAAUCCUUGACCGAACCAUUAUGCGCUGAAUCUAAGGUGUUCUGAAACAGGUGUUCCUGGUCUUUGGAUAACAGGAGAUUUAGUAAGAACCUGUAAGAAGAUCGACUGGGCCUCUCCAGAGCCCGGAGUAGUCCCCAACUCUGAAUUGUGGGAACUACCACUGUUUUGCAGGAGGAGUUUGGGGGAAAAAAAUCUGUUCUGGGGGGGUAGAGAGUGUGCAGUCUAGCUUUUUUUAACCUGAAAUUUAUGUGCUGGCAGUUUUCAGAUCACAACUGUUUCCUUACAGGUUGGGUGAAAUAAAAUAUUUUGUUUAACCGAUUCUGGUGAUGUUCCAUUUGACCAAGUCAGAUAAUUUGUCUCAUUACACAAGUGGCCGGCUGCUUUUAAGUAGGCCGUUCUUUUCUUCAGGUCUCCUUGAGAUAUUGCCCAAAUGAUGGUUUCUUACAGAUUGCUUCUUUUAAACAAAAUAAACUAUUUUGCUUUGUCACUUUAACCAAAACACCAAAUUCUGAAAUCUCAACAAUAUUUGUUUAUCGUGGUAGCAGUAAAUUUCAUAGGAGAUGAUAGGAGUGAUUUUCCUGGUCUCUAGUUCCGGAUGGGACUGAUGGCUUAUUCAACUGCAGAAAACGAGGCCUCGUCCCCAUGAAUUCCACUACCUCUCCCUCUUUUCUUUGGCUUCAUUUCUAUGUGAAUCUUAAAAUUGUGCUCUUUGGCUAAAAUUAAGUGUAAGAAGGGACCAAAAAUGUCAGGCUGUUUUGGAAUUUUGUGGGUGGGUAGGGUGUUUUCUUAAAGGGGAACUGCAAUGUUAUUUUUAUAUUUUGGGGUUAGAAAGACUCAGCAUUGGUGAAUCUUUUCACACCACAAUGAAACUAAAAUGCACACAGUGAUGUGUAAAACCUCCAAUUUACAUCAUAAAAUAAUUUACAGGCAUGCGCAGCACCAUAUUCUGCGAUUCAGAAUGAGGCAAAAAUACUUCUGGUGACGUGUUGGGCUCUAUUACAGUGUAAAGAAGCAGGCUUGUGAAUACAUCUCUUUUGAUCCAAUAGAAAUAUUGCUCUCGAUUCUUAGACGGUUUUGCAGACAAGUACUUGUUAACUCUACAUGCAGAUCACACUGGAACGUUUCUGCGGUGAAAUUUCUGCUGUACAAUCACAGUACAUCAGUCAUCAGUGACUAGUGAGCAGGAAGGGCCGCUUCAUGUCACAAUUCUCGUGAGCUCUGCUCUCAUCGUGGCGAGACCAGGGGUUUGUGACAACAAUGCCAGUGAUGCACUACUUUCACUAAAUUCACAACUUUGCGCUUAAUUUGUAAAAUUUUGCGAUAACUUAAAUUAAUUUGUUUUGCUAACAAAGAUUUUAAAAACCGGUCUGAGAAAUUGAGACUGCAGUUCCCCUUUAAAAUUCUUACUCUUACACACAGCUUUUAUGUGAAUAGGGGCAGAAAUAAAAUGUUUCCAAGGUUUGUUUUUGUGAAAAACUUCUGCUAUGUCAUGUUUUAAUUUGCUCUGUUUAAUUCAUCGCCAGUCAUAAUCUGGAACUUCAUACAUUUAAAAAGGGACCCUGUACCUUGUGUUUCAUGAAAAACUUUGGCUUCUCAAAAGUCAGCUUUGAAUGUAUAUUUGUGGGUAAGUCCAGCAAACACCCGGCGCCUGUAUACAAUUUGCUUCUAAAAACUUAUCUCCAGAGCAAAACCUUGUUUUCUUGUCCUGUAGCUGCCUGAAUGUAUUUUAAUGUGUUUUGGCAUGUAAGCGUUUAAAUGGGUGAAUUCA